CAGGGCUGCCUUUAUAAACAGCCAGGGAGAUGGUCUCCCACUGCAGAAGGACAGAGGCAACAGCAAGCACCGAGUCCCCCCUUGGCUCCACUGACCUCAAGCCCACACUCCGACUCGCAGCACCAUGAAGGCGCCCGCAGCUGUCCUCGCUGUUCUCCUCUGCGCCAUGGCCCUCUGCAGCCAGGUCUUCUCGGCACCAUUUGGCGCUGACACCCCAACGGCCUGCUGCUUCUCCUAUACCGCCCGGCAGCUUCCUCGCAAAUUCGUAGCCGACUAUUAUGAGACCAGCAGCCAGUGCUCCAAGCCUGGCGUCAUCUUCCAAACCAAAAGAGGCCGGGAGCUCUGCGCUGACCCCAACGAGGACUGGGUCCAGAAAUACAUCACCGACCCGGAACUGAAUCUCUGAGUGGCCUGGAAGCUUUGAGGAGCCCAGUGACCUCAGGGCCCCGACUGGGCAGCAGGGGUCUGAGCCUUGGGGGCACCCCUGCAGCCUCCGUAGCUACCUCUCCUGUGUGCUGGUUGUUGUCAAACAGCCACACUCUGGGACCCGUCCCUAACUUAAAUUGCAACUUAUUUAUAGAUACUAUUUAGUUUUGUAAUUUAAUUUCAAUGCCCCACUGGGGUCUGGGACUGUUUGCUCCCAGAGGUCCCGAGAUACCUUUUCACUGGCUUUCCCCUCCCCCUCCCCUUGCGCUGCGGGGACAGUGGAGGGACGGUCGCCAGCUUGUUCCAGGCGGAGACGGAGCCAAUGCCGCCAGACUGACUCUGUGUACUUGAUGUUUCUCUUCAGUGUCGUUUUCAGCCCAGCAAAAUAAUAAAGAUGCUCUUUUGGAAAGUAAA